AUGUCUGAACCAGAAUUCCGUCUGCAUGGCAUUGUAUUGAAUGCGGCAGCUUAUUACCCCAAUUUUCAGCUAUUUAUUGAAAAAUUGUCUCCAAAUCGUUCCCUACGCGUACUUACAUCUGAACAUAUGGCUGACUCCAUGCGCACGCACGGAUUGGGUGUUCUCAACACCAGUGUGAAUGUGACUUACCAGCUUUUUAUUGAAAAAUUAUCUCCAAACCGUUCCCUACGCGUCCUUACAUCUGAACAUAUGGCUGACUCUAUGCGCACGCACGGAUUGGGCGUUCUCAACACCAGUGUGAAUGUAACUUACCAGCUUCUUCGAAGUAAAUUCGCUGUCUUCAAUCAGUUGUUGAAGGACGAGCACAUCCAUGCUCAGCUUCAAAAGGAUAUCCGGCAUUUCCACGAGAAUCUGGAAACGUUGAAGAAGCUGGUUGGGAUCCUAUUCCUAGCUCAGUUGGCCAUUAUUUAA